AUGGAAAUUCAAUAUUUAUUAGCUUCAAUAUUUUUAGUUGUGGGUAUCCUAAUAUACUCAUUGAAGUCAAAAUUUGAAAAGUCAAGAUAAAACUAAAAACCUUAAGAAGAUAAAAUAGACCUAGGAAAAAAGAUAAAUGGUUAAGAAAAAUUAAUUCCAAUCUCUAUAUAUUUUGGAACACAAUAAGGCACUGCAGCUCGAUUUGCCAAAUAAUUAUCUGAAGAAGGAAAAGAACAUGGAUUUUUGACAACAGAAGUAGAUCUUAAUGAAGUUGAAUUUGAUAAAGAGAUGAAAAAGGGAGAAUUUGGAAUUUUUUGCAUGGCUACUCAUGGGGAGGGUGACCCUACAGAUAAUGCAAAAAAAUUUAUAAGUUGGUUAUAAGAGCCUUAACUAUCUUUAAAAGAUUUUAAUUUUACUGUUUUUGGACUUGGUAAUAGGCAAUAUGAACAUUAUAAUAAAAUUGGAAAACUUACAAACAAUCUUCUUGAAAAGUAAAAUGCUAUUCGAUGUUACAAGUAUGGGGAAGGAGAUGCCAAUAGUACAUUAGAAGAUGACUUCAUAGAUUGGAAAAAAGACUUAUGGAAUGUUUUAAAGGGUCUGAUUCAUCCAACACCCUAAGGUAAAUAAAAAUAAUUCAAAUAUAGGUUCAACAUUUAAACUUGUAAAAAGUAAUAAAGAAGAAAUCAAUUUUGAUUAAACUCCUUAAGGGUAAUUUGAUUUUUAAACUAAAUAGUUUUUAAAAGCAAAAUGUAAAUUAUUUUAUUAAUUUAAGAUUGCCAAGUUGUAUCAAUAACUUAAUUAAGAUAAAAUCAAUAAGAUGGUUCAACACUAUAAAUAAUUUUUGAUACAGGUAGAGAAGGAAUAGAAUAUAAAACAGCUAUGAAUUUAGGAGUUUAUCCUGAAAAUAAUGAUGAAUAAAUUCUGGAAAUUGCUAAUUAUUUAGGUGAAAAUCUCAACACAAUCUAUACAUUGGAAUAAUUAGAAGAGACUAAAAAAGCAAAAAUGCCAUUUCCUUCUCCUUUAAGUGUUAAAAAGAUUUUGAAGCACUUUUUAGAUUUUAAUGGAUAAUUAAUGAAAAAUACAUUAACAAAGUUGGCUAAGAUUUCAAGUGAAGAUGAAAAAGUAAGGAACUAUUUACUUCAUUUAACAACAGAAGAGGGAAAAAAAGAAUUUUAGUAAAUGGUUGAUGAGUAAAAAACAACAAUUUUUCAAUUAAUUUAAAGAAACAAUAUCAAAUUAAAUUUAGCAUAAUUUAUUGAAUUAUGUCCAAGAAUAAGCCCCAGAUUAUUUACUAUUGCAUCAUCAAAUAUAAAAAGCCCUCAACAAUUAGAAAUUGCUGAUAGUUUAUUAAUUGAUGAUUUAUCAGAUGGUACUUAAAAAAUAGGUUUAUGUUCUUAAUAUUUCUUAAACAUACAAUAAAGACUCUUGCAAGGGGUAAUAUUUAUAGUUAUGUUAGGAAAGUGUGAAAGUUAGAGUUGAUUUUAGAGAAUCAAACUUUAAAUUACCAGAUGAUCCAAAUAAAUCCAUAAUUAUGAUUGGACCAGGGACUGGAAUAGCUCCUUUUAUUGGAUUUUUAUAAGAGAGAGAAAUCUUUUUAUAAAACCAAGCUCAAAAAUAAAAUGAAUAUAUUCUGUAUUUUGGAUGUAAACAUGAAAACGGAGAUUUCAUUUAUAAAGAUUAACUUAGAGAAUUUUAAAGAAGAAAAAUUAUUGAUAAAUUUUAUACAGCAUUCUCAAGAGAUUAAGAAAAGAAGAUUUAUGUAUAAGAUUUGCUUAAGCAUAAUUCUGAAGAACUAUUUAAUUUAAUAAUAAAUGAUAAGGUAGUCAUUUAUAUAUGUGGGUAAGUUUUAUAAUUAAUUUAGAUCAACAAACAUGGGAAAUUCAGUUUAACACCUGAUUAAAGAGAUAUUAAUAAAAUAUAGCAAUUGGUCAGAGCAUGAAGCUGAAGAAAGAAUAGAAAAUAUGUAGAAAUAAAAAUUUUUAAUCAAAGAAUUAUGGUGA